AUGCAGUCUGUCUUGCGCUCCACUCGUAUUUUACCACAAUUAUCAUAUCGUAUUCUUUGCAACUCUAUUCGAAUGGAUUCAAGUUCAUCGAUUUUAGCUGCACUCAAAACUGAUCAUCAAGAAAUAAAUGCAGCUUAUCAAAAAUAUAUUUCAGCAGAAGGUAAUAUCGAUCAACAGCAACGUUGGGCUAAUGAAUUUCGAUGGGAAUUGGCUCGACAUAGUGUCGGUGAAGAACUUGUUGUUUAUCCAGCUUUUGAGAAAAAGUUAGGUGCUGAAGGAAAACGAAUGGCUGAUCAAGAUCGAGCUCAACAUCAAGAAGUUAAAAAUCUUUUACAUUUACUCGAAACAUCAUCCGUAACGGAUUCACAUUAUCGUUCAACAUUUGAUAAACUGAUGCAACAUUUGACUGAACAUAUUAAAGGUGAAGAAGAAGAAGAUAUUCCUAAGUUCGAAAAAGCUAUAUCACGUGAAGAAAGUGCUUCACUUGCUCGAUCAUUUCAACGAACCAAAAUGUUUGCUCCAACUCGAGCACAUCCAAAUGCACCGAAUAAACCACCUUUUGAAACUGUUGCUGGUCUUCUGGCUGCACCCUUAGACAAACUUCGAGAUUUGUUCGAAAGAUUUCCUGAUACAAAAUGA